AUGAUCAAUGAAAUCAAUGAACAAACAAUAGAACAAAAGCCAUAUUUACCAUUGAAAGAAAAAUCGAGGAAUGAUUUACCUGAUUAUUUAAAAGUAUCCAAUCGUAUAUUUCGACAAAUGUUAAUUAGUUCAUUAGAAGAUGCUGAUACUAUUGUCAAACGAUUAAAUACAAUUGAAAAACUUAAUUUUGCUCGCCAAUAUGCUCAUCUAUUUCAUCGUCUUUUCUAUGUACAAUUACAACAAGAUCAAUGGAAAUAUUACUAUAAUAUUGAUAUAAAAGAAAAUAUUUGGUCAGGACGUGUAUCAACAAAAUGGGCUCUCAUGAAUAGUAUGUGUCAUACAUAUGGACGAUCAAAACAAUUAAUUGAACAACAUCUUCAUAUAACUGCACGACAACUUCAAGAAGCAUCACAAAAAAUACAAGAAUUUUCUAAUCAACCAUUACCUCCAUGUAUAUUAGAAAUGAAUCCUCCAUUAGAUUUUCCAUUUUUUGUUGCUAUUAUCACAGCUUUUGUUCGUAAAGGUCAAUAUAAAAUAAAACAACAAUUUGAAUCGAAGAAAAAAAUGUUAAUAUUAGAUUCAACUGAUCAUCGUUUAGUACAAGCUAUUUAUAAUUUAAAACCAACUAAACAACAAAUUCGUGCCAUUCGUAAUCGAUGGAAAGCAAUCUAUAAUAAAAUACAAAUCAAAGAACAAAUUGAAAUAUUAAAACAUCGAAUACAUUCCAAUCGUUUACCACCUGCAUUCAAUCUUCUUGAUUAUUCUCUUGAUGAAAUUGAAAAAAUAUUAACACGAUCACCAAAAUCUUCCGUUACUAAUAGUACGGAUCAAGAAACCGUUCUAUCUGCUCGUCGUUUAAAAAAAAUUGGUCGAUUCAAAUAUGAUAUACUUGAAUUAAGUAUAGCAGCUGGUGAAAAAAAAGAACGAUAUUGGUCAAAGAAAGCUAAAAUUGAAACAAAAAAAUGA